AUGACGAUUUAUGAUGAAAACAAUUUCGAUCAGAGUGGUUUUAUUGGCAAACAGGCUCAAAUACGCGUUUUCCUCGUACACCUUCUCUUCCAAGGAUUGCAAGGCCGAACCACCACCGUCGAGGAACGAAAAGAGGAAGCAGAUGAGUCCCGUUACCGAGACAGUUUUAUUGCGGCAUCUGAAGGAGAAGGUUUCUGGACCGAUGGCGCCUACACUACCUCACCCAGCCCGCCGCCAGUCCCGAGGCACCGAUUCCUCGAAGAGGAAACGUAUCGCAGAGAAGCGAUAGAUAUCGGAAGAGCAGCGACGGAACCAGAAUUCAUACGUCCCCUCCAUAAAGAGUACACGGUGGAUGAAGGUGGCAGAAUAGUGCUUGAGACGGUACUGAUGGGUAAUCCACGACCAAAAGUUCGAUUCCUUUUCAAUGAAAAGGAGAUCAGGAAAGAAUCGACGUUCUGCGAAAUUUUAAUUACCAACGACACUUACUCUUUCGUUAUCGACAAGGCACGACUCGAGCACGCUGGUUUCUACAAAAUCACUGCUGAG